CUUCAGUUCAGUAUCCCCGCAUCCUUAAACUUACAUAUCGCAGUGAGCGCCAACUGCAAACGAAGAAUCUCGUCCCUCUCGCCGUCUCGCAUUUCAUACGAAUCAUAUCUCCCGUGUUGAUCAUUUCAUGAGCACAGAAACCCUAUAAGCCUGAUACUUCCAUCUUUCGUACUUCAGCCAUGUUUUCCCCUCCAGUCAAGAAAAACAAUUUCAGUUCUCAAAAAGACCGAAAUCUAGGUCAUGAACUUCCAGCUUCACCCGCUACUCCACUUCCAGAUAACCAAAACUCAUCAUCUCCUCUCGGAACUUCAAUUCCAAACAGACCUAACACCGGAACUCCUGCACCGUGGGUUUCUCGAUUAUCUGUUCUUGCAAGAAUUCCGCAACUAAAGGAAAGUAAGAAAGGGACUGAUGCAGAUCCAAGAAAGCCGGUAUAUGUUGGAGAGUUCCCUGAAGAAGUUCGUGAUGCACAGUCCAGUUACCAGCAGAAGAGUGCUCAAGGUGAUACCGGGAUCUGCGGUGGAAUGGACAAGGGGACAGCCCUAUCUUGGAUUAUCUGUGGAAAACGGCUGUUUGUUUGGAAUUAUCUGUCUCCAGCACCCCUAAAAAAAUGUAUCGUACUUGAUUUCCCUCCAUCCGUUUCGGAUGGAGGUGAUAAAUGCUCAAUCGCCACUGAUGGUAAAACAUGGAUGGUUUCUGUUGUUGAUUGGGAUAGCCGAAGUGGGACCAAAGACAAGGUGGUACAGCAGUGCAAGUCUGCAGGUAUCGUAAUGCUUAAAAAGAAAACAGGAACUGUCAUAUACUGGCCAGACAUUUAUUCUAAAGGUGGGUCCUCACCAGUUGUUAGUCAUGCUAGCUAUGAUGAGUGUGAGACCACUAUAACACCUGGUGGUGGAAAAACUACUCCAAACAGAAGUCGACAAUAUAGAGGACUUGAAAGUGCUUCAUUGUCAGCAACAGUUUCUUUUAAUUCGCUGAUUACUUCUGCUAUUCCUGUUGCCGGGUGUUUUCUUUGUUUUGCCCUAGCAUGUUGUUCCAGUGGUGAAGUCUGGCAGUUCCAGUGCAGUCCCUCUGGCAUAUCUCAGAAAAAAAUUCCUCGGAGCUUUCAUAACUCAGCUGACCAAAGUAUUGAUAAUGGCCAACCUCUAGCUGGCAAGGGGUAUCCAAGGUCAGUUAUCUGGCGUUUUAGGCUUCUUAGUGCAACAGACUCUAGUAAGCAGUUCUUUCUCUUGACAGAUCAUGAGAUACAUUGUUUUAAUGUUAAUUUUACUCCUGAGUUGAAUGUUUCAAUGCUUUGGUCCCAUGAGAUUAUUGGCACGGAUAGUGACUUAGGAGUUAAGAAGGAUUUGGCAGGUCAGAAACAGAUAUGGCCUGUAGACAUGCAGGUAGAUGAGCAUGGUAAAGAAAUAAUGAUUCUUAUUGCUACUUUUUGUAAGGAUCGGAUGAGCAGUUCUAGCUAUACACAGUACUCUAUUCUUACAAUGCAGUAUAAACUUGGAAUGGAUUAUUCUUCUGGAAAUAUUGUGCCAGUACAGGAAAAGGUGUUAGAGAAAAAGUGUCCUAUCCAAGUAAUAAUCCCAAAAGCAAGAGUAGAAGACGAAGAUUUCUUGUUCUCCAUGAGAUUGCGUGCAGGGGGGAAGCCUUCUGGAUCAGCAAUCAUACUUUCUGGUGAUGGAACUGCAACAGUAUCCAAUUACUGGAGAAACUCGACACGACUAUAUCAAUUUGAUUUACCUUGGGAUGCAGGAAGAGUUUUGGAUGCUUCUGUUUUCCCAUCUACAGACGGUAGUGAAGAUGGUGCUUGGGUCGUUUUAACAGAACAAGCAGGAGUAUGGGCAAUACCUGAGAAGGCAGUUAUACUCGGUGGGGUGGAGCCUCCUGAGCGAAGUGUGUCGCGCAAAGGGAGCUCAAAUGAAGGUCCUGCUGAAGAAGAAAGAAAAACCCUGAUGUUUGGAAGCAAUGUUGCUGCUAGGCGGACUAGCUCUGAUGCAAGGGAUGCUGUUGAUGGACAGAAGAUGGCUUUAAGUGGGAUUGCUCGUCGAAGUGUUCAGGAUGAAGAAUCAGAAGCUUUACUUGGUCGCCUGUUUCAUGAUUUUCUCUUAUCUGGUGAUGUUGAUAGCUCACUAGAAAAGCUUAGAAAAUCCAGAUCAUUUGAAAAGGAUGGCGAAACAAAUGUUUUUGCUCGCACGAGCAAGUCCAUUAUUGACACUUUAGCUAAACAUUGGACAACAACACGUGGAGCUGAGAUUGUGGCUAUGGGCGUCAUGUCAUCCCAACUAUUGGAUAAGCAACAAAAGCAUCAAAGGUUUCUUCAGUUUCUUGCUCUAUCGAAGUGCCACGAGGAGCUUUCUUCUAAACAGAGAUAUACAUUGCAAACUAUCAUGGAGCAUGGUGAGAAACUUGCUGGGAUGAUACAGUUGAGAGAACUGCAAAACUUGCUUAACCAGAAUUCUUCUGACGGGACUAGUUCUGCUUCAAAACCACCUAAUGAAAUGGCAGGUUCACUUUGGGACCUGAUUCAAUUAGUUGGUGAGCGAGCCCGUCGGAAUACUGUGCUUCUCAUGGACAGAGAUAAUGCUGAAGUAUUCUAUAGCAAAGUUUCUGAUCUGGAACAAGUAUUUUACUGCUUAUCGGAUCAGCUGGAAUACAUAAUCAGUGGAGAUCAGCCAUAUAUUGUUCAGAUUCGACGUGCUUGUGAACUCUCUAAUGCUUGCACAACAUUGAUUCGCUCUGCGAUGCAUUAUAGAAAUGAGCACCAUACUUGGUACCCGUCUCUGGAAAGCUUAACACCUUGGUAUUGUCAGCUUGUUGUCCGUAAUGGGCUUUGGAGCGUUGCCGAUUUCAUGCUUCAACUGUUAAAGGAAGCAACCGAUUUAUCAGCAAAGUCGGAUUUAUAUUCUCAUCUCGAAGGGCUGGCCGAUGUUUUACUUGAGACAUAUUCUGGUGCUAUCACAGCAAAAUUGGAACGAGGAGAAGAACACAAAGGUCUCUUGGAUGAGUAUUGGAAUAGGAGGGAUGUGCUUUUGGACUCACUAUAUCAACUAAUCAAGGGUUUUGCAGAAGCCAGAUACCAGGAUUUCUCUGAAGGCGUGGAAGAGCCAAUGGAGCUCAUCCUUAGGGAGCUUUCAUCACCUUUGCUGUCUAUUGCCAGACGACACGAAAGUUAUAUUUCUUUGUGGAAUAUAUGCUGCGACCUCAUUGACACAGUGCUUUUGCGAAGUCUUAUGCAUGAGAGCUUGGGUCCCAGAGGCGGGUUUAGUUACUACGUCUUUGAGCAAUUGUAUCAGAGUCGCCAGUUUGGGAAGCUACUGCGACUUGGAGAAGAGUUCCAGGAAGAGCUUGCUAUAUUCCUGAAGCAGCAUAAGGAUCUGUUGUGGCUUCAUGAGAUGUUUCUAAACCAAUUCUCUUCUGCAUCAGUAACUCUUCAUACAUUGGCGCUUUUCCAGGAGGAUGAUUCUGCUUCAGCAUCUGAAAAUGGUUUAGAUGUUGACAUUGUCAGAUCCGAGCAAAGUUUGGCUGAUCGAAAGCGCUUAUUACACUUGUCUAAAAUUUCUGCAUUAGCAGGGAGGGAUUCUGAUUUUGAAAUGAAGACCAGGCGAAUCGAGGCUGAUUUAAAGAUUCUAAUGUUGCAGGAAGUAAUCGUGAGACUGCUUUCUGAUAACGAAGAGAAACAAGAUUGUGAUAGGCUUCUCCCACCUGGAGGUCUGAUCGAACUCUGCCUUGAGAGCCAAAUCCCAGAACUAUCAUUGCUGGCAUUUGACGUAUUUGCAUGGACCAGCUCCUCCUUUCGGAAAUCCAGCAGAAGCCUUUUGGAAGAAUGCUGGAAGAACGCUGCAGAUCAGGACGAUUGGGGAAAACUCUAUCAAGCAUCUGUGGAUGAAGGAUGGAGUGAUGAAAUGACCUUACGAGUGUUGAGAGAAACUGUUCUCUUCCAGGCAGCAAACAAGUGUUAUGGGCCUGAAGCUGAGACUUAUGAAAGUGGGUUUGAAGAAGUGAUGCCAUUACAACGUGAUAAUGAGCUGUCUACCCUGAAGGAUAACACAGGUUUGACUGUUGAAGGGAUUUUGAUGCAGCACAAGAGCUUUCCUGAAGCAGGUAAGCUGAUGCUGACUGCUAUCAAUUUGGGUAAGCUUGGAGCUGAGAUGGUAGUUGCAGAAGAUGGUCCUACUCCUAUGGAUUGAUGAAAUCUCAUUUGAGUAAAUUUUCAUUCCCGUAAAGAUUUUGUAUCAUUUUGACUCAUCCAAUUAGAGAAAAGAAAAAGGUUUGAUUGAUUUCAGAGUUAUGUUUUGUACUCUUUUGGCCCCGUCUCUCUCUCAUUUACCAUAUCAAUGGCCAAUGGGUGUGUGAUAAGGUGAAUGGUUGCAUCAUUUUGAAAUUAUACCAUUGUAGUGGAAAGAUACAAACAUAAAAUUAGGAUUUCCUUCGAUGUAAAAUCUAGCAUAACUGUUGAUUCGGAAUGUUCCAAGAAAA